AUGGGGCAUCAGCUGCACAAGGCCGGCAUUUGGACAGCUGUGGUGAUGUUCGACUUGGAAGUAACCUGGCCACCGCCCAGCACUAAUUCACGCGUGGGUGGCUACGAGUUCUUGGGAGGAGAGGCAGAGGCCAUUUUGCUGAUUUCACGGGCCUUCGGCAAGUUUGAGUUUGCAAUCAAGGAGUUGGAGAAAUAUGAAGGUCCCGCUCUGCUGAUUCUAGCACCUGAUACGCCUGAGUUUCAUAGUGCAGCUGAGAUCAAUGCUCAAUAUUGCACUCAAAUGGAGGUGGUCAACGGUAAAGGCAGCCACUACAACAUGAUGCAGGGUGAGCAAGCGGCCACACAGGCAGCACUUGUACUUGAGUUUGCCAAGAGGUUGGGGGGGAGUGGCCGACGACAUAUCUUCCGCAGGAGCUUGCUGAGCUUUGUUGCCUUGACGGAGAUGCUCUUAGCGGCGGUAGCACCUUCACGAGCAUUGCGCAACGCCUGGGUGGGUGCUUUGGUGUACGAUCAAGAGGCCCUGGAGUGCAAUUCCAUCCCGGAUCUUGCUGCUUGCUACAACCGCCGGGUCCUUGAAGAUGUCAAGAGCAGCGGUGAUGCCGGUGAGAGCCUGAUAGUCAUUGCAGGCUACUCUCAUGGUUGUGUACUUGCUCAUCAGAUGGGGCAUCAGCUGUACAAGGCCGGCGUCCGGACGGCUGUGGUGAUGUUCGACCUGGAGGUGACUUGGCCACCACCUAGCACCCACUCACGCGUGGGCGGCUACGAGUUCUUGGGCGGAGAGGCCGAGGCCGUCUUGCUGAUUUCGCGUGCUUUUGGCAAAUUUGAUUUUGCAAUCAAGGAGGCGAUCGAGCUCACCAAGAUGAAAGCUCAGGGUCAAAGCAUUGAUGUGGAUGCCUUGAUAGAGAGAGCCUAUGUCGCGUUGGGCCAACGCGGGCUGUCUAUGGAUCUCUUGAAGAUGAUGGUGAAGCGAGGCGGUGUCAAUAUUGAGAAGCUGAACAACAUUGGGAAUCCAUGGGAACCGUUGGAGAAGUAUGAAGGUCCUGCUCUGCUGAUUUUGGCACCUGACACACCUGAGUUCCAUAGUGCCGCUGAGAUCAAUGCUAGAUAUUGCACAAGAAUGGAGGUGGUCACUGGAAAGGGAAGCCACUACAACAUGAUGCAGGGUGAGCAAGCAGCUGCACAAGCAGCCAUCGUUCUCGAGUAUGUGAAGAGGCUCUCAGAAGCUACCUUAGUUUGUCCUGCUGCAGAAGGCAUCACUGUCCUUCGGGAUUGUCCAGGCCCAUGUAUAUACUUUCUGCAUGGCCUGGAUGGAGAUGCCCUGGGACCUGGGAUGAACCUUGGAUCGUUGCCGUCCUUGCUGUCCGGCCGCAUUUGCAGCAUCGAGUAUGAUGAUGAGGCCUUUGCUUGUGAAACCAUUGAAGCGUUGGCCAAGCUCUACAAAGAGCGCAUCCUCCAGGACCGGGCAUUGCGACCAGAUGGCAAGCGACUAGUGCUUGUGGGUCGCUCGAUCGGUGCCCUAGUGGCCUCGUUGAUUGCACUGUACCUCCAGAAGGACCACGUCGAGUGCUUCCUGGUGAUACUCAACUCUGAGGUCGUGUGGCCUUCAAAGCUGGACGACAGCUUUUGCUAUGACUGGCUUGGAGGAGAGGUUGAGGCCACCUUUUGGUUGAGCCACCUUGCGGGAGCAAAAGCCUUCGUCGAUGAACAGGUCCAGUCUGCAGUCACUCGAGGAAAGGCUUUUGCUGAAGGUGCAUCAAGGCUGCAGACGGCGGCGUUUGGACAAAUUGCCUCUAACUUGGAAGCCUUUGGCAUUCGCUCCUUGAAGGAGUUUCGCAGUGUUUGCACCCUGGCGAGCUCCCACUGUGCUCGGCUGAGACAGCUGUUGCGACCUUCUGCUGGCUCCAUGCGGACGCCUGCGGGCAUUUUUGAUGGCAAGGUGCUGGUCAUCACAGGUGCUGAACGACAAAGCAAAUUGGAGCAGUCUGCGAGACAAUAUUUUCGGAACAUCGUCACGCGUUGUGUCAACACUGAUGACCAUGAGGUCUACGUUGGCGCAGUGGCUUCUUCAAUAGCAAGUGAGAUAUCUCAGUUCCUUGUUCAGGACCGGACCCGGGUCGACGGUGACAGAGAUCCCAGGCAUGAGGCUGAGAGUUUGGAUGCAGCACAUGUUCCAAUCUAUGUAGUUCCAGGAUGUGAUGGAGGCGUUUUGGGCGAGCUGGCAUCAUUGGUUGACAUCCUGAAUGCCGACACCGGUGGGGUGCUGGUUUUCGACCAAGAGGCCAGAAGAUGUUCAUCCUUGGCAGAUCUGGCGGCACUCUUUUUGCAGCGAAUCUCUGAUGACCAAGCAUGGAUCUCAGAGGGAGACUUGCCUGAUGCGAGCCUUUGCAAGGUGCUUUUGCUGGGGCAUAGCAGCGGUGCACCCUUAGCCUACGAAAUGGCUAUGCAACUCCAAGACUGUGGGGUCGAUGUGCGAUUGGUCAUCGUCCAAGGCGAAGUGUCCCGUGCUGGUCCAAGCAGCACUGGCUUAAGCGGCUGCUGGUUGGGCAGCACUUGUGAGGCCAUCCUCCUCCUUGCAAACCGGGUUGGUGAAAGAGAAUUUGCACUCAAAGAAGCAGAAGCCAUGGCCAAAGCACGCCAAAAUGGCCAGAAGCUUUCACGAGGACGGCUUCCGGAUACUUGUGGUCUAGCUUUUGACGGUAUCUCAGGAGGCUACAUGAAUGGACAUUCAAACAACGGCGGCGUUGAGGAGUCGAAACUCUUGAUGCGGGCAUUCUGGAAACUGUCUGAUCAGCUCAAUGGCAUGUCCGUAGAUGCCUUCAAGGAGCUUGUAGCAGAUCUUGCUUCACGCAUUGAUUGGUAUAUGAGUUUGGACAGCCUGGAACAUCAAGAUGCAUUUGAGGGUCCGGCGCUUUUGAUCUUGGUCCAAGACUGCGCAGAAGCAGAGUCGAUCAUCGAGAGCAACGCUCUGUAUUGCACUCAACUGGAAGUCGCUGAAACGAACGGCGACCAACACAGUUGUAUGCAUCAGGGCAACAUGAAAUCCUUGGCUGCCCAGAUCUUGAGCUGGCAGGCGCACGGGACAAAACGUGCAGUUAGAGGUGAUCCAGUGAUCCAGUCCUGAUGAUGUUUCCAUAUUUUUCCAAUAUAUCCAGUCCUGAUUUUUCUAAAUGUCGGGCAAAUGUCCUGGCGGUCCUGACAUUCCUGGUAUCAUGGACGGUGAAACCAAUGUGAAAACCUUUUUUGGAUUCAGAAAACGCACCUCAGCGAGGCUACUCCCCGCGCCGCCCUGAUGUGUCACAAGACUUGAGAUAUAAGCCACUCGAGACAAGAAGACAGGUACUCAGUCGACUCAAUGACCUUCUAAUUAUUACUAUUGUCUAGGGGUGCACCAAUUUGUACUCAGCUGAACGACAGGUGUACAGACCAAAUUGAUUCCACUAGCCACUGACAUGCCAAACAGUCACAAUGCAUCAACAUGCCAAUGACAAUGGAUGCUCCUCGACAUCGAAACGCAUGUCCAAUGCUGUGCAGGAGAAGUAUCCGCCAAAGGUUAGAAGCGAUAGGUUAUUGUGCGACAUCGUUCAAUAGAGUGCGCUUGUCCCAUUUUUUGCUUCGGAGACAACUGCAAACAAGAAGCUACUAGGAGCAAGGACGCUACUAGGGGCUCCUG